AUGUCUACCCAACAAAAAACCAACCUCGCUGCCAUCAUCAAGAACCCAAAAAACCAGGUAACCGUCGAGAACCGACCCAUUCCUACACCCGGUCCAGAUGAACUCCUCAUUCGCAAUCAUGCUAUAGCAGCAAACCCCGCUGAUUGGAAAAUCCAAGCGUGGACCGUCUAUGUCACCGAAUACCCCAACGUUCUCGGCAGCGAUGUAUCCGGCAUCAUAGAAGCCGUCGGAUCAUCCGUCACAAAGUUCAGCGUCGGAGACCGAGUCACAGGAUUUGCAGCCGUGUUUUACAAUCAAAAUAUUGAUCACGGUGCUUGGCAAACAUAUACUCUCCUUCGAGAAGUCGCUACCACAAAUAUUCCGGAUACCUUGUCGUAUGAGGAGGCCUCCACUUUUCCCAUGGCAUACGCUACCGUCGCCACGGCUUUCUACCUCUUACUAGACAUCCCUCGUACAAUCGGCAAAGUCGAACCGACAAACGAGGCCCUUUUCGUAUGGGGCGGAGCUUCCGCCGUCGGCGCUGCUGCCAUCCAACUUGCCAAUACUCUGGGCUACAAAGUCUUUACGACGGCCAGUCCAAAACAUCACGAAUAUCUCCAAUCUCUCGGUGCCUUUGCCACAUUCGACUAUCAUGAUGCAGAGGUUGUGAGUAGAGUGGUACGUUCUGUCAAGGUUUCUGCUGCCAAUCUGACCCUCGGACUUGAUGCCAUCACUGAAGGUGAUACCUUUAUCCUCUCCGCCGAUAUCCUAUCUGCGACUGCAGGAGGAGCCGGCAAACUCGCCUUGACGCUUGAUUGGCCAGAGACACAUGCAAAGCCCAACGAUGUCGAGGUUUUGAAAACUGUCGCUAUUAGACUUGGUAUGGAUUCUCAAGAUGUCGGUGCUUGGUUCUUCAAUGAGUUUCUCAAGGAUGCUUUGGAGAAGAAGUAUCUAGUCGCUUCUCCACCUAUUGAGAUUGUUGAUGGUGGGGUUGCAGCUGCUCAGAAAGUUUUCGAUCAAUUGAAGGCAGGGGUUAGUGGAAAGAAACUUGUAGUGCAGGUCAAGUAG